AUGCCACAGAAGACGAACCAGGGUUUUGAUUCUCUACUGCAAAAGAUUACCUACCUGACUCCUCUCAUUCUCGAAUUCCAUCGCCCCGCUUUUGCUUGCUACCUGGAGGUUCCCUCUUGGCCUCGCCGCUCUCUGUUUCCGCAGGUCCCUGCAACCUCGGUCCUUGAAUUUGCUCCAUUUUAUCUCUUGAUCCUGCGCCUUCCAUCCCCGCUCGCCAAAGUCGCCCAUGCCGCGUUGGAGACGACGACAUGCCGCAUUUGCCAUGACGCUCGACGCGUUGGCCAUGUCAUUUCUUUAUGGGUCUGGCGAGACGUCGUCCUAACGCGAAGAAGAAUUCGGCUGGCGGUCCAAAGGUUCUGCGCUGUUUGCUGCUGUCGCCUUCCUUCCGAGCUCCACAUCGCGGUGGUCAUUCCGCAUUUGUCUGAUCUUUCGAUGCGACAGUGUCCACUGUCGCACAGAUGA